AUGACUGCUACUAAUGUCGGUUCCCGGCUACUAGGUCUCUCUGCAUUAUUUCUCUGCAUUCCAACUGUCCUAUCAACUCUUGUUGACAAUGGAAAAUUGCUCUCUAUAAACGGCAUUGACUACCAUAGUGGCGGCAAUGCAGUUUCAACUUUAAUCACUUCUGUGGACUUUAAUUCCACUCAAUUGGAAGAUCUUGUGCCUUUCACGGUGAUUCGAACAGAUCAGACUCUUACAAACGAGAGUUUGAGCGAUAUUAUCUCAAACUAUUCCGCCACCGACGACGUUUUCCAAAUCGGCUUCCUCGAAACUGUUUUUCUUCUCUAUGAGGGCCAUGGCCGAGGCAAUGUCGACACUACUGUCAAGCAAGUCUUCAAGGACCUUGGUAGCAGUCUUGUCAUGGCCUCCUCCACCUAUCGCCCUGAAGCAUACCUCACGCCAGCUAAGCUUCGGCAUAAUUUACCCAAAGGUCCAUACUUUUACUCGCCGAAGACAGGUGAAGUGCAUCAAGCUUUCCGUCUUUACUCCGACCAUCAGCUAGCAUUCACGGAGGCUGCUCUGAGUGAUGGAGCCGGGGGCUUCAAGCCACUCCCUGCGGCUGUAUCGGGGGCAAUGACGAAAAGCGUUGCUGUGCCGUCAAGACUUUACUAUACGCCCACAUCAGGAAAACCACUCGCAGGAUUGCGCGUGGGAAUUAAAGACAUCUUUGAUUUGAAGGGACUGCGGACCAGCGGAGGCAAUCGGGCCUACUACGACUUAUAUCCUCCGCGUAACACCACCGGACCCGCACUUCAAAGACUCAUCGAUGCCGGGGCUGUGGUAAUUGGAAAAAUGGGAACAGUUCAAUUUGCAAAUGGCGACAAUCCCACGGCCGAUUGGGUGGAUUUCCACUGCCCAUUCAACCCACGGGGCGAUGGCUACCAAGCACCCGGGGGCUCUUCUUCAGGACCUGGCGCUGGCAUGGCCUCUUACGACUGGUUGGACAUUGCGAUAGGAAGUGAUACCGGUGGCUCAAUGCGUAGUCCAGGAGGAAUGCAGGGCCUUUUCGCCAACAGGCCCUCUACUGGGGCUGUCAAUCUCGACAAUGUGAUUCCACUGUGCCAUGCACUGGAUACAGCUGGUGUUUUUGCUCGCAACGCUGCCACAUGGUCGAAGGUUAUGCAUGCCUGGUAUGAAAACUUCACUGAUUACAGGGAAUACCCGAAGAAGUUGUUCUAUCAAAGCUCCUCGUUCCCCAGCACCAACACAACCGCCGGUGCGCUUAUUGAAGAUCUGGUUUUGAAGGUUGAGAAUUUCCUCGGUGUGAAGAGGGAAUUUGUCAACAUCUCCUCGCAUUGGGAAGAAACUCAAUCUUCUGGAACACCAGGCAUAUCGAAAUUGUUAAACACGACAUAUGCCUCUCUAGUAUCCGUUGAUCAAUAUCGUUCCCUGAGUUUGCCAUUCUAUGCAGACUAUGCCACAAAGCACGAUGGUCGUCGACCUUUCGUCAACCCAGGCCCGUUAGCAAGAUGGGCUUGGGGCCAAGAUAACGGAGGCAACUCUGCCUAUGAUGAAGCGUUGCAGAACAAGACUAUCUUCAAGAACUGGUGGGAGACGAAGGGAUUUGGAAAGGCUGACGAUGAAACAUGCUCGGAGGGUAUCUACAUCUACCCUUACAGCAAGGGCGAGACACAAUACAGAAAUGCCUACUUCAGUGCACCAUCUGCGCCUCCUAUGGGUUUCUCGGACGGUCGCAUCGCUGUUUUGGCCGGCGCACCGGAUCUGGUAGUCCCCGUUGGCGAAAUUCCUUACAACUCCACCAUUUCACUCAAGACAGAGUAUAUGCCUGUCACGAUGAGCUUUGUCGCUGCGAGAGGCUGUGAUUUGAUGUUGGUAAACUUGAUUGAGGAUAUGGAAAAGGCGGGUAUUCUGAAACCUGUCAGCACGGGGCCAAGAAUGUAUCCCGAGUGA